AUGCUGUUGAAUAAUAAUGUGACUGAAUUCAUUCUGCUUGGGUUGACACAGGAUCCUGCUAAAAAGAAAAUCAUCUUUGUCCUCUUCUUGCUUUUCUACUUGGGCACAUUGGUGGGUAACUUGCUGAUAAUUAUUACUAUCAAGACCAGCCAAACACUUGGGAGUCCCAUGUACUUCUUCCUUUUCUACUUAUCCUUGUCUGAUACCUGCUUCUCUACUUCCAUAGCCCCUAGGAUGAUUGUGGAUGCCCUUUUGAAAAAUAACACCAUCUCUUUCAAUGAGUGCAUUUUCCAGGUAUUUUCAUUCCAUUUCUUUGGCUGUCUGGAGAUCUUCAUCCUCAUCCUCAUGGCUGCUGAUCGCUAUGUGGCCAUCUGUAAGCCCCUGCACUACACGACCAUCAUGAGCAGACGGGUUUGCAGUAUAUUGGUAACUGUCGCCUGGGUCGGGUCCUGUGUGCAUUCCUCAGUGCAGAUUAUUUUGGCUUUGAGUUUACCUUUCUGUGGUCCCAAUGUGAUUGAUCACUAUUUCUGUGACUUGCAGCCCUUAUUGAAACUUGCCUGUGCAGACACCUAUGUGAUCAAUCUACUCUUGGUUUCCAAUAGUGGGGCCAUUUGCACAGUGAGUUUUGUCAUGCUGAUGUUCUCUUAUGUUAUCAUCUUGCAUUCUCUGAGAAAUCACAGUGCUGAAGGGAGGAGAAAAGCCCUUUCCACGUGUAUCUCCCAUCUGAUACAAGUCGUGUUUGGUACCACAGUGGUUAUAAGUUUUCUUGUGAAAAAGAAUUCUGCCAAGAGACAGCAUGCAGCAAAGAGUAGAAAAGUUUUGUUGAAAGUAAAAGGACAAUCGUUCCACAAAGUAAAGGAAAGUUUUAAUACACUUGCCAAAAAUUCAAGUGGACAGCUGAGGAGAGAGAUCAGUGUAUCUUGCGUGCCUAAUGGUUUUUCCUUUGUCGACCUUUUUCUUACCUGA